AUGAACAUGUUGAUCUAUGACCGUUUAUGUGAUCCAAUCACAUUGGUGCAUGUUUCUGUUAACUUGAAUGAUACGUGCAAAUAUGAUGAGUUGGUUAACCUUGUUAUUUCAGAAUUGGGGCUUAAUCAUGCAGAAGUAGGUGUGAGAUUAACUUAUUCUUUGGAUUCUAGUUUACGUCCAGUUCGGAUACAAAAGUCGUCAAUUACUGCCAUUGAGUCAUCAGCUAAUGUGUUUUCUUUACAACAAAUAGCUCAGGAUAUAUGGGGUAUACUCUUUACAGCUUGUACACAAGAUGCAAACAACAAUAUCUUCAUACUAACUUUUGGGAUUGGGGAUAAUGAAAACGAUAAGUCGUGGAGAUGGUUUCUUGAGAUGUUGAAGAGGGCGUACGGAUCUAGAGAUGGAUUAUGUAUAGUAUCCGAUAGACACAAUAACAUAAGAAACGCCAUUGAAUUUGUAUAUCCAGAGGCAAUGCAUGGGAUCUGUUCAUACCAUUUGCAGAAAAAUUUGAAAUCUCAUUAUGCAAAAUCAGGUCACAAUGUCACACAUGCAUUCAAUUCUGCUGUAAGAGCUUAUACAGUGGAUGAAUUUGAAUACCAAAUGCAGCAAUUGGACUCAAUAAAUGAAUAUAUCGGGGGAUAUUUGUUGGAUGUUGGAUAUGAAAAAUGGUCAAGAUUGCACAUGCCGACCAAUAGAUACUCUACCCUGACAUCAAAUAUAGUAGAAUCUGUUAACGCAGUCACAAAUGCGGCAACAAAUUACCCCAUUGAAGCAAUUCUAGAAUCAUUGAGGUUUCCUGCAAGUCACACUUUGUUUGAAGUGAGGGACAAUUCUUCUUCAUACAUGAUUGAUAUAACUCUACAUACAUGUAGUUGUAGAAUGUUUCAUGUGGAUCAACUUUUCUGUCCACAUGCACUAGCAGUAAUAGCAACAUUGAAGUUGAAUGUAUAUGACUUUUGCUCGGUGUAUUACACAAGAGAUGCAUAUCUAAAUACCUACAAAAAAACUGUCUUUCCUGUGGGUAAUAAAUCAGAAUGGAAUUUGACAGAAGAUGUAAGUAAUAGAGUUGUUUUUGCUCCAGACCAAAAGAGAAGUUCUGGACGGCCUACUGAGAAGAGAAAGAAGCCAGCAUAUGAAAGAUCACAAGUUGUGAAAUGUGGAAGAUGCGGUGAAUUCGGUCACAAUCGUCGAAUAUGCAGGACCAGAAUGACAAAAAACUGA